AUGACUAAGGAUAUCAUCGUUAUCAAUGUAAUGUAUAGAGAAUACAAAGCCUUUAAAAUUGAAAGGAAUUCUUUUGAAGUUGAAUAUCCUUUUGAUUUAGUGUGUAAAGACGGGUUUUACGGACUGAAAUGUGCUAAACCAUGCGGGCACUGUACGCCAGGGACGGUCUGUAAUAAAAGUGCAGGGGCAUGUCCUAAUGGAUGUCAAGAUAACUGGAGCGGAUCUAACUGUGACAGGUGUAAAGACGGGUUCUACGAUUCGAAUUGUUCCAAAUCAUGCGGGCAUUGUAAGUCAGGAGAUGUCUGUGAUAAAGUGAACGGGGAAUGUCCAAGAGGAUGUCAAGGUCAAUGGAGUAGGCCUAAUUGUGACGUGUGUAAAGGAGGGUUCUACGACUCGAGUUGUUCCACACCAUGCGGACACUGUAAGACAGGGACGUUCUGUAACAACAUGACAGGGGAAUGUCCAAAUGGAUGUCAAGAUCAAUGGAGCGGAUCUAAAUGUAACGUGUGUAAAGACGGGUUCUACGACUCGAAUUGUUCCAAACCUUGUGGACACUGUAAAACGGGGAUAUUCUGCAAUAAAGUGACAGGGGCGUGUCCAAAUGGAUGUCAAGAUCAUUGGAACGGAUCCAAAUGUGACGUGUGUAAAGAUGGUUUCUACGACAUGAAUUGUUCCAAAGCAUGUGGACACUGUACGACAGGGACGUUCUGUGAUAACAUGACGGGGACGUGUCCAAAUAAAUGUGAAGAUCACUGGAGUGGAUCCAAAUGUGACGUGUGUAAAGGCGGAUUUCAUGGACUGAACUGCUCUGAAUCAUGCGGACACUGUGAGACAGGAACGUUCUGUGACAAAUCGACAGGGAUUUGUCCAAAAGGAUUUUGUGCUGACGGAUUUUAUGGCGGUGACUGUGAUAAUGCAUGUGGACAUUGUAAAACAAUACAACCCGUGUGUGAGAAAACCGAAGGGAACUGCUCUGCUGGCUGUCAACAGGAAUGGGAGGGACCACACUGCGAUGGUAACUGGAUAAAAUUGAACAUAAAUGAAAAAAAACAAACAAUAAGCCACCUUUUCUACAAUAUGUAG